GAGCUUCCUGGUUUUCCAGGUCGUCACUCAUCAGUUUCCUGGUUCCAGGUCGUUACUCAUCAGUUUCUUGGUUCCAGGUCAUUACUCAUCAGUUUCCUGGUUCCAGGUCGUCACUCCGGAGCUUCCUGCUUCCAGGUCGUCACUCCUGAGUUUACUGGUUCCAGGUCGUCACUACUGAGCUUCCUGGUUCCAGGUCAUCACUCUUGAGUUUACUGGUUCCAGGUCGUCACUCCUAAGUUUACUGGUUCCAGGUCGUCACUACUGAGCUUCCUGGUUUCAGGUCGUCACUCUUGAGUUUACUGGUUCCAGGUCGUCACUACUGAGCUUCCUGGUUUCAGGUCGUCACUCUUGAGUUUACUGGUUCCAGGUCGUCACUACUGAGCUUACUGGUUCCAGGUCGUCACUACUGAGCUUACUGGUUCCAAGUCGUCACUUCUGAGCUUCCUGCUUCCAGGUCGUCACUCCCGAGCUUCCUAGUUCCAGGUCGUCACUCCUGAGCUUACUGGUUCGAGGUCGUCACUACUGAGCUUCCUGCUUCCAGGUUGUCACUACUGAGCUUCCUGCUUCCAGGUCGUCACUUCUGAGCUUCAUGCUUCCAGGUCGUCACUCCCGAGCUUCCUGGUUUCAGGUCGUCACUCCUGAGCUUCUUGCUUCCAGGUCGUCACUCCUUAGUUUCCUGCUUCCAGGUCGUCACUACCGAGCUUCCUGGUUUCAGGUCGUCACUCCUGAGCUUCCUGGUUCCAGGUCGUCACUACUGAGCUUCAUACUUCCAGGUCGUCACUCUUGAGCUUCCUGGUUUCAGGUCGUCACCUCAGUUUCCUGGCUCUAGGACUCUUAUGUGUGGAAAUUCUUGCUAAAGUGAGCAAAUUAAAGAGGCUUUUUCUUAAACAUAGUAAGCCAAAAAAUUCUGUCAUACAUCAAACUAGAAUUUCUUUCUUUGAUUAUAUCUAUGAAUGUGAUGUAUCCUUUUUUUUCUUUUGGCCGGAGAUAUAUCCAAUUUUGUUUUCUCAUACCUUGUUUUACUUAUUCCAUUUAUCAACCUUGUUACUGUUAUAGAUCUGUCUUCUAUAUUGCAGACAUGAGACAUUCAAAUAAGUUCCAAUUUCUUGG